GGAGACCGUGCAUUCAUGUGCCAUUACACUUUGCUCUAAAGACGUCCAAUACUGCAAACCGCCUGGGACGAGCUCUCUGUUCGCUUUCGCUCCUACAACGGCAUAGGUUGAUGGCAGAUGUCACCAGCGCAGCAAUCGGUUCUGGGGUGAACACCCGCCAGAAACGUGUCCUUCCCUCGCGUUCUCGCCGUGGAGGGCCUGGAAUAGGAAGCUGUGAUGUCGACCUUAUGAUAUUGGAUGCUCAGAAAAGAAAACUCGAAAACGAACCCCUCAUUCCUGAGAACACCCAGUUUUUGUUGACCACAAAUUCAGGGGAGCUCAAGCAGCCUUCGACGUCUGCGUCCUCGGGUUUUGAAAUAAAUAACCAUGCUUAUCAGCGCUACUUCGAUCGUCCAGACGUACUUAAGGCUUACAGAGAGCAAUUGAUUAUACAAACACCCGAAUUUUCUCUCUUGUCGGAGGAUGCCAGUGUGGGUGGGCGGUUCAGACCAAGGAGCUCAGAAGAGGAGUCGACAGAUACGUCCGACGCAGCUUACGAGAAACGACACCGCAAGUAUGAGACAUUUGAGAAGAGGCAGCGUUUACGGGAGAAGGAGAAGCUUAAACACGAGCACUAUAAACUAAAGGAGCGUAUCGAGCAGUUGAGAGCGCUGGAUGGAAACGCAUUCCUUGCCCUUCCUGCAUCUUCCUUCUCUGCACCACCUGGCGUCGAAGAGGAAUUACCACUCAGCGACCUUCCCGGGGCGCACGUCAACGGCGCAGCUGUAUACAACGAAGGAGAACGGCGACGGAAGGAGAUGCUCGAUGUCGCUUUUACGCUGGAUGAACGAUAUAAGACCUUGCUACCCUCUGAGCGGAAACAGACAGAGUCGAAAAAGGACACCAAGCAAUGCACACCGGGAGAGUCAGGGAUACAUCCUCUGCAAGAAUCGGUUAUAGGCGGAAGAGAAUGUGCUGCUGACACUCCUCCCAGAAGUAAUAAGGCAUUGAAGCUAACGAUCAAGCUUCCUCAACCAAGACAAACGCCACGCCUUGCCCAUUCUCCGUCCAACCCUGGUGCUUCUCCGAGGCUGAAUUCAACAACGCCGUAUUCAUUCUCUCACCAGAAGACUCUAAAUCAAAAUGUAUAUGAAACACCUGUCAAACCAUACUCCUACAACUCCUCUUCGAUACACACCUCCCGCGGGCUUCGGUACGACACUUCUGACACGCAGUCAAUAGGUUCCACGCGACCAUCGAAGCGUGCAAGAAGAGAUAUGGACAUUGUGGACAGCUCACCGGCAAGCAUCCGCCUGAAAACUCACCACCCAUUGAAACCACAUGAAGAGCCUUGUGUUUUGAUGCUUUCUGCUAUUCGCAAUUCUGCUGCACCAAUGGCAAGGAAAACUCAGAGGAAUGCUACAGCUUUCGGCGUCAAAGUCCCUCAGGAGAUAGAGCUAGUCCGCGAUUUUGAAAUCCCACAGUGGAUACGCCGGGCUGACACUGUCUUCGAAGAUGACGAUGACCAAACUAUGCAUUAUAUGUAUUCAUCUUUAGGGGACACACCGCCUCCUGACUAGUUCUUACUAUGGCAGUACCAUCCAGCUCAUUAUUAUUUGAAGUUGUAGUGACGUUCUUUUUGCCCUUGAAAUCUUUUGUUCGCAUUACUUUAACUUUCUUUUUUUUUCUAUCUUUCUCGGGGUGAAAUUAACUCAGGCUUAUCUUAUGGUUAUUUUGAAUCUGUAUUCGUAGUCGGCGUCUUCGCCAUGAUUGAUGUCCAAAAUAAUUAAAUUAUGCCACAAGUUCGUCCGUCAUCCCAACCAUCUUCUGGACUACUUCCAACCCAUGGCGCCUAGUUCUCAAACCUGCCUCUCUCCUGCGAGCCAGAACCAAGGCUGCGUGAUGGACAGGACCCAAAGCACGCACGCCCAUCGUCUUGACCAGUUGAGGUGGGAGAUGACGCGAGUAGUCACCACCUGCACGCUCUUUGGAAAGCUGUAUGCGCAAAGCUAUCUUUGAACUAAAGGUAGACCUGGCUUCAGAGGCAGCAUGUACAGCACUGGAAUUGGCAGGGGAAGGUCCGUAGUUUGGAGAUCGACUAAGAGGCCCCGAGGGGUCUUAGGAGGCGGUGGUGGGGAAGGUCUCUGUCGUGGCGUCCUUUCUCGGUUCGACCGAGAUUGUAUCUCUGCGACUGGUGCCUUUUUCUGCUGCUCCGGACGCUUGGCCUUUGCUUGAGCUGAAACAGAUGGUCUCUGCUGUUCCUGCGAGUUUCCUCGCUGUGACUUCCAUUCUGUUUUCCUCUCCUGCUGCUUCCCGUUUCUUGCUUUUCCCUGUCCCAGCUCUUUGAAAGAUUUAUUGAGUUGAGAUGCUCUGGUGAGCAACUGACCAGCUGCGGGUAAAUCCGUGGAAGGGGCAGGAGGAGAAGUACUGCCUUCUUCAUCCGGUUGCCUUUGCGCAUACACCUGCUGAGCCCUCCUUUUCGCAGCACGGACUGAAAAAGAGGCACCCGUUUGGUCGUCUGAAAUCCAUUUAAGCGAAGGGCUAUAAUCCUUCGAAGGUGCACGGUGCGGAAUGAUUUUUGGCCCAUCGGCGGAAGAUGUACGAAAGUUGCUG